AAAGAGUUAAUGGGAGAGGGGGAGGGGAGAAGACGCCGGGACCAGACGAGCCAGAGCUGGGGAGGGCAGCUGAGGAUGGACUAGGGAGCCUGCCGGGUCAGAGGUCGGAAGAGAGAGCUGUGGGACUGAAUUAGGGUACCCCUCAGCCCCAGUUCGGCCCGUAUCUGGAGACCCGGUACUUCCUCUAGCGCUGGGGACUUUCAGUUUCAUUUCAUACCGCGCUCCAUCCCGGGCCCCUUCCGGACCGCCAGCUCAGUCCCCGCCGCCACGAUGACCAAAAAGUUCAGCCGCGCCAAGCUCCGAGAGACCGGCCAGAGAUUCAUGAGUUUUCUGGCCGCCCGGGGCCGGGGCCAGGAAACCGACCGCGAGCGGCUGCGAGAUCUUUACAACGAAGACUUCAAGAGCAGUCUCAGGUCCUCCAGCAGUUGUGGGGAGCAUGGGGACCUUGAGGAUCCUGUGCCUACCUUCUCCUCCAUGCUUUAUGGGAUGCGCUUCUAUGGGGAAGCUAAAGUCACCAAGGAUAAGGUCAAGUUUUACAAGAAGAAGAAGAAAGUGAAGCAGGAAGACAAGGUUUUUAGGGAGAUCAAACCUGCAGGAUCCAAGAAGACAAAGUCCCAACUGGCAAAGAUCUUCCAAGAUCGGGCUAAAUAUGUCCGUGGGAAACAUGGUGUGGAUGUGGAGGCUGAAGGAGUCUACAGGAGCCGAGAUGGGCAGCUAGUUGUUCGCCUAGAUUUGAACCAGAACGUGACAUUGAUCCUGAGGCUUCAGAAUAAGGGAAGUUAUCCCGUUAUCCUGCUCCGAAUCAUUCCACUUUGCCGGGUCUCCCAGAUAAUUUUCAAGUCAGAUAUCCAAGAAGAUGUGCCGAUCACACUAGAUCCUGGUGAGUCUCACGAGCUCCACGUCCAUUGUCAGACCAGUUACGUAGGCUACUUCCCUGCAACGGUGCUGUGGGAGCUGCAGGGACCUUUGGGAUCCAGGAUGGAGGAGCCGGGAAUCUUCAGCAUUGCCCGAUUCCUUGCUGUUGUGGCCCGAAGCCCCCUGGCUGACCUGCUGAAGCCCACAGCUCCUUACCAACGCAGCAGACCUACACCACACCCUGCUUUAACCAAUCGGGUGGAAGAUGGGGAGAGACCAGACAGGGGUCAGGGGUAUGACCUGGAGAUGACUUUGAGUCUUCCACAGUACCACUGCCCGAAAAAUCUAAAGCAAGUGAUUCCGCAGCUCCUGAAAUCAGCGAGUUUCAACCAUCAUAAAGAUGUGGCUAAGAUCCAAAGCCAGCUGAAGACUGAACUAAGUUGGAGGAAUUAUGAGGAGAAACUUCGGCUGCUUCUACACCUGGAAGAGCUACAGAUGGAGCAAGACAUCCGCCACUAUGACCUGGAGUCUGUCCCCAUGAUUUUGGACCCAAAGGAACGAAACCCCCAGCUCCUCAUCUUAGAGGUUCCUGGAGUAGCUGAGAACCGUCCUUCUGUCCUUCGAGGGGACCACUUAUAUGCUAUCCCGACCUCAGACCAGGGCCAGGACGCGAUCACCUAUAAGGGCUUUGUGCAUCGGGUUGAGUUGGAUCGGGUCAAGCUGAGCUUCUCUCCAGGACUCCUGAACCGGUUUGUGAAUGGGAUGACCUUCAAGGUGACCUUCACCUUCAACCGGCAACCCCUACGAGUUCAGCACCGGGCCCUGAAAUUGGCAAGGCCCCAUCGGCUGGAGCCACUGCUGUUUCCUUCCUCCCCCCGUGGGAUCCCUCUCCUGCCUUCCAAAUUGCAGCUUUCGCUAUAUGACCGCAAUCUAGAGUCCAACCCCGAGCAGCUGCAAGCAGUGAGACACAUAGUUCUGGGCACUUCUCGUCCCGCUCCCUACAUCAUCUUUGGGCCUCCAGGGACUGGAAAGACUGUCACCCUGGUGGAGGCUAUUAAGCAGGUGGUGAAGCACCUGCCAAAUGCCCACAUCCUGGCCUGUGCCCCGUCCAACUCGGCGGCUGACCUGCUAUGCAAGAACCUCCGGCUUCAUUUACCCAGUUCCAUCUACCGCCUCCUGGCUCCCAGUAGGGAUAUCCACUUUGUACCUGAGGAAAUCAAGUCCUGCUGUAACUGGGACCCACAGAAAGGGAUUUACAUUUACCCUGCCAAGAAGAAGCUGCAGGAAUACCGUGUUCUUAUCACCACCCUCUUCACUGCUGCCAGGCUGGUCUCGGCUGAGUUCCCACCCAGUCAUUUCACACAUGUCUUCAUUGAUGAGGCCGGCCAUGCUGUGGAACCUGAGUGCCUUGUGGCUGUAGCAGGAUUGUUGGCCAUUCAGGAUUCAGAUAAUAUAGACGGACAACUCGUCCUGGCUGGAGAUCCUCAGCAGUUGGGGCCUGUGCUGCGUUCUUCCCUUGCCCAGAAACAUGGGCUGGGUGUUUCUCUGCUGGAGCGGCUUCUGAAACACAACCCGCUGUACCAGAAGGCCCCCAACGGGUAUAACCCCCAGCUCAUCACCAAGCUGUUGCGCAACUACAGGUCUCACCCUGACAUCCUGUUCAUCCCGAACAAACGGUACUAUGAUGGUGAACUAGAGGCCUAUGCUGACCGAAAGUACAUAGAGCGAUAUUGUUGCUGGGAGGGACUGCCUCACCAGGGCUUCCCGAUCAUCUUUCAUGGUGUGAUGGGCAAGGAUGACCGUGAAGGAAACAGCCCAUCUUUCUUCAAUGCAGAGGAGGCAGCCACAAUUGUUCUCUACCUGAAGAAACUUCUGACCCCAUCGUCUAAGAAAGGCCAAGGCCGGCUGAGCCCCCAGCACGUGGGAGUUAUCUCCCCAUACAGGAAACAGGUGGAAAAAAUCUACCAGUGUAUCACCAAGCUGGAUAAGGAACUUCGGGGGCUCAACAAUAUCAAGGAUUUGAAGGUGGGCUCCGUGGAGGAGUUCCAAGGCCAAGAGCGGAGUGUUCUUCUUGUGUCCACUGUCCGUAGCAGCCAGAGUUUUGUCCAGAUGGAUUCUGACUUCAAUCUGGGCUUUCUCCGAAAUCCCAAGAGAUUCAAUGUGGCAGUGACGCGGGCUAAGGCCCUGCUUAUCAUCGUGGGGAACCCUCUGCUCCUACGCCAGGAUCCUGAAUGGCACAUGUUUCUGAAUUUCUGUAAAAAAAAUGGUGGCUACACCGGGUGCCCCUUCCCCAACCUGGAACUAGAGGAGACCCUGGAGCAACAGCUGAGCACCCUGAGCCUUGGCCCCUCUACCUCAGAAAUUCACCCUCAUGACUGUGUCCCCCUGGCAAGUGGCCUUCAGCAGCAAGUGGAACCACCCUGGAGAAAUGAGCUUUAAGGAGACCGUUCCUUCCCUCUCAGCCCUGGCCCAGCCCCAGCCAUCAGCCAAGCUUCAUGCCUGUAUUGUUCCAAACACUGAAGAAAAGAAUCCCACUGGGCAGGAAAGGGGGAGGGGAGAAUAAGGGGGGACAGAAGGGAGAAAUUGACAAACCAAGCCAUUCCCCCUUCUCCCAGCUAGAGAUGACACAUCAGGCUUCUGGGGGUUUUUUUUUGGGGGGGGGGUGGAGGGAAGGAAGAAGACUCUGGAAACAAUAAAAUUUGUUCUAAGCCAUG